AUGACAUGGGGCCUUCCAAAGCUCGGCCCUCGUACCCAUAUGGGCGAAGACCGUCUGGAGCAGUACGAUGGCUGCUGCAACAUGCGCCGAGCUGUCAGUCAUAAACUGUCGGGGAGCCGAUGGCAGGACAAGUUCCAGCUAGCUGGCGGUAUCGGGGCACAGGCCGAGGGCUCCGCUCACCCAUAUUUCAGACCGAAUUGGACAUCGGGCCCAUGGAGCUAG